GACAGAGAGACAGAGACACCCCGGAGACUCGGGGAGAAGCGCAGCCGCGGUUACACACCGUGUGUGAGAGAGACAGAGAGACAGAGACACCCCGGAGACUCGGGGAGAAGCGCAGCCGCGGUUACACACCGUGUGUGAGAGAGACAGAGACACCCCGGAGACUCGGGGAGAAGCGCAGCCGCGGUUACACACCGUGUGUGAGAGAGACAGAGACACCCCGGAGACUCGGGGAGAAGCGCAGCCGCGGUUACACACCGUGUGUGAGAGAGACAGAGACACCCCGGAGACUCGGGGAGAAGCGCAGCCGCGGUUACACACCGUGUGUGAGAGAGACAGAGACACCCCGGAGACUCGGGGAGAAGCGCAGCCGCGGUUACACACCGUGUGUGAGAGAGACAGAGAGACAGAGACACCCCGCAGCCUGCUGUAGAGACACGGAGAAGGGGAGAUGGUGGAUUAUCACGCCACGAACAGCCAGCAGUCGCCCCCCGGCUCAGGCCAGACCCACAUGGAGCAGCCCGACGAGUGGGACCGGGACCUGCUCCUGGAUCCCGCCUGGGAGCGGCAGCAGCGCAAGACGUUCACAGCCUGGUGUAACUCUCACUUGCGGAAGUCAGGAACGCAGAUCAGCAAUAUUGAGGAGGAUUUCAGAGACGGGCUCAAACUCAUGCUGCUGCUGGAGGUCAUAUCAGGCGAACGUUUACCCAAACCUGAGCGAGGAAAGAUGAGGGUCCACAAGAUCAACAACGUCAACAAAGCGCUGGACUUCAUCGCCAGCAAAGGAGUCAAACUGGUUUCCAUCGGAGCCGAGGAGAUCGUGGAUGGGAAUGCUAAGAUGACCCUGGGGAUGAUCUGGACCAUCAUCUUGCGCUUCGCAAUCCAGGACAUCUCCGUCGAAGAAACCUCUGCUAAGGAGGGACUGCUGCUCUGGUGCCAGCGCAAGACAGCCCCCUACAAGAACGUCAACGUGCAGAACUUCCACAUCAGCUGGAAGGACGGUCUUGCUUUCAACGCCCUGAUUCACAGACACAGGCCCGAGCUGAUCGACUAUGACAAGCUGAGGAAGGACGACCCCAUCGCUAACCUGAACAACGCCUUCGAGGUGGCUGAGAAAUACCUCGACAUCCCCAAGAUGCUGGACGCUGAAGACAUCGUGGGCACGGUCAGGCCUGACGAGAAAGCAGUCAUGACUUAUGUCUCCUCCUUCUAUCACGCCUUCUCUGGGGCGCAGAAGGCUGAGACGGCAGCCAAUCGGAUCUGCAAGGUGCUGGCGGUGAACCAGGAGAACGAGAAUCUCAUGGAGGACUACGAGAAGCUGGCCAGCGACCUCCUGGAGUGGAUCCGGGCCACGAUCCCCUGGCUGGAGAAUCGCGCCCCCGAGAAGACGAUGCAGGAGAUGCAGCUGAAGCUGGAGGAUUUUCGAGGGUACCGGCGGGUACACAAGCCCCCCAAGGUGCAGGAGAAGUGCCAGCUGGAGAUCAACUUCAACACCCUGCAAACCAAGCUGAGACUGAGCAACCGGCCUGCUUUCAUGCCCUCCGAGGGGCGCAUGGUCUCGGACGUCAAUAACGCUUGGCACGGUCUGGAGCACGCGGAGAAGGGCUAUGAGGAGUGGCUGCUGAACGAGAUCCGCAGACUGGAGAGACUCGACCACCUGGCAGAGAAAUUCAGACAGAAAGCCACCAUCCACGAGGCGUGGACCGAGGGUAAUGAGGCCAUGCUGACCAAGAAGGACUAUGAGACGGCAACGCUGUCUGACAUCAAAGCCCUGCUGCGCAAACACGAGGCCUUCGAGAGCGACCUCGCAGCGCACCAGGACAGAGUGGAGCAGAUCGCUGCCAUCGCGCAGGAGCUCAACGAGCUGGAUUACUACGACUCUCCCAGCGUGAACGCUCGCUGCCAGAAGAUCUGCGACCAGUGGGAUGUACUGGGAUCCCUGACCCAGAGCCGCAGGGAGGCCCUGGAGAGGACAGAGAAGCAGCUGGAGUCGAUCGAUGAGCUGUACCUCGAGUACGCCAAGAGGGCGGCGCCCUUCAACAACUGGAUGGAGGGGGCGAUGGAGGACCUGCAGGACAUGUUCAUCGUGCACAACAUCGAGGAGAUCCAGGGUCUGCUCUCCGCUCAUGAGCAGUUCAAGGCCACUCUCUCCGAUGCUGAUAAGGAGCGCGAGUCAAUCCAGGGGAUUCACAGCGAGGUUCAGAAGAUCGCCCAGUACAACAACAUCAAGCUGACUGGAGGCAACCCCUACACCACCGUCACCCCCCAGACUGUCAACGACAAGUGGGACAAAGUACAGCAGCUCGUUCCUCAGAGGGACCGUGCUCUGCAGGAGGAGUUGGCGCGGCAGCAAUCCAACGAGCGGCUGAGGCGCCAGUUUGCCAAUCAUGCCAACGUGGUGGGACCCUGGAUCCAGAAUAAGAUGGAGGAGAUCGGGCGCAUCUCGAUUGAGAUGAACGGCACGCUGGAGGAUCAGCUGAAUCACCUGAAGCAGUACGAGCGAAGCAUCAUCGAGUACAAACCCAACAUCGACCAGCUGGAGGGAGACCACCAGCUCAUCCAGGAGGCGCUGAUCUUCGACAACAAGGACACCAGCUACAGCAUGGAGCACCUGAGAGUGGGCUGGGAGCAGCUCCUCACCACCAUCGCCCGCACCAUCAACGAGAUCGAGAACCAGAUCCUGACGAGAGACGCCAAGGGGAUCAGCCAGGAGCAGCUGCACGAGUUCAGAGCCUCCUUCAACCACUUCGACAAGGAUCACAGCGGUGCGCUGGGACAGGAAGAGUUCAAGGCCUGCCUCAUCAGCCUGGGCUACAAUGUGGAGAACAACAAGCAGGGUGACGCAGAGUUCGCUCGCAUCAUGAGCGUCGUCGACCCCAACCACAGCGGGGUCGUGACCUUCCAGGCCUUCAUUGACUUCAUGUCCAAAGAGACGACCGACACAGACACUGCUGAUCAGGUGGUGGCGUCCUUCAAGAUCCUGGCAGGAGACAAGAACUUCAUCACCGCGGCCGAGCUGCGCAGGGAGCUGCCCCCGGACCAGGCCGAGUACUGCAUCGCCCGCAUGGCUCCCUACCGGGGGCCCGACGCCAUCCCCGGGGCCCUCGACUACAUGAGCUUCUCCACAGCGCUGUACGGGGAGAGCGACCUGUAGCGCGCGCGCGCGCGCGCGCGCUCACUCGCUCUCACACUCACUCACUCAUUACACAGCCAGCCAUGGAGCAAUGAGGGGGAAAGGU